AUGGGUUCCAAUUCCUUAUCAGAUCCCAUCCCCACAACACCCUCCAUCCUCUUCAUCACCGCCAACCUUCCCACCCCCGAGGAUGAAGCCGCCAUCUGGAUCGGCAAGAUCGAAGCCUACCUCACCGACCCCCUCAACGCCUUCCGCGCGCGCGGCGCCGCCGUCACGCUGCGCACCUUCCAGGACCCCGCCCUAACCGCCGCGGCCAUCGCCUCCACCUACACGCACGUCCUCUUCCUCGCCGUCGACAAGUACAUCCACCACAUGCCGGCCUUCACGGCCUUCCUCGACGCCACGCUGCCCGAGGCGCGGCGCCUGAACCCGCGCCUGCGCAUCCACAACCCAGCCGCCGUCGUCCGCUGGAACGCCAACAAAACCUACCUCGCCGAGCUGCAAGCGCUGGACACAGCAGGCUUCCACGUCCCCCGCACCGCCUUCCUCGACCCGGCGACGACCGACGCCCCCGCGCUGGCCGCACACCUCGCCGCGGACGCGCGCGUCGCGGGCAACCCCUCCACGCCCGUCGUGCUCAAGCCCAGCAUCGCCGCGUCGGGCCACAGCACGCACCUGCUGCGCAGCCCGCUCGCGCUGACGGCGGACGACGUCGCGGCGCUGGAAUCCAUGCGCGCUGCCGCCGCGGCGACGCAGCAGCAGAUGGGCGCGAUGCUGCUGGUGCAGGAGUACCUGCCACGGGUGGCGGCGCAGGACGGCGCGGACGGCAGCGGCGGCGAGUGGAGCAUGAUUGUGGUGAAUGGGCGGCUGACGCACGCGGUGCGCAAGAGGCCGCAGGCGGGCGAGUUCCGCAUCAACUCGGCGUUCAAGGGCGUGUGGGAGCCGAUGGCGGCGGAGGGCGACGCGCGGGUGCCCGAGUGCGGGCGGGUCGUGGCGGGGAGGGUGUGGGAGUGGUUGGUGGGGAAGGAGAGGGUUUUGAAGGGGGAGAGGGGGGAGACGGAGGUGGAGACUACGGAGUUGUUGUAUGCGAGGGUGGAUGGGGUGGUGGGGGAGGAUGGCGAGUUUGUGUUGAUGGAGGUGGAGCUGAUUGAGCCGUGGCUGUGGUUGUUGGACCAGGAGGGGCAUCCUGGGAGGGAAGGCUUGAAGGUGUUUGUGGAUGCUGUGCUGGACGAUGGUGGGCUGUGA